CUCUCUCCCCGCUUCCCGUUUCCCGUUCCCUUCUCACUCCGUCAUCUCAUCCCUCUGUUGCUUCGCCCGCCAUCCAAAGCUGAAUACUUCCUAAAACCCUGAGCCGGCUCGAGGGUUUCGAUUCGCCGUGAAAAGCUCCGACGCUCGAUCCUUGAUCUCUUUCUCCCUCUCGUCCCCUCUUCUCUUCCGACUAUCUCUUCGAGAGGAGAGCCAUGGUUUGUCUCAGCGUGCUCCCAUCUCUCUGCCCCUGUGGGCUCUCCGGGAGACCCAGGCUUCCGAAAUCCAUAGUUCGGUGCUCCCUCGGAUCUUCUUCCUCUGUCCCAGGUGCCCAGGAAUUGGAAGUUUCCCGCAGAAAAUCCAGAAGAACUGAGGGGGUACGAAAGAGCAUGGAAGAUCCUGUCCAGCGCAAAUUGGAACAGUUUUAUGAAGGAUUAGAUGGUCCACCACUCCGUGUGCUUCCAAUAGGUGGUUUGGGGGAAAUUGGGAUGAACUGCAUGCUUGUAGGAAACUAUGACCGUUAUAUCUUAAUUGAUGCAGGUGUCAUGUUCCCAGAUUAUGAUGAGUUUGGAGUCCAAAAGAUUGUACCUGAUACAACAUUCAUCAAGAGAUGGAGCCAUAAAAUUGAAGCAGUUGUUAUAACACAUGGCCACGAGGAUCACAUUGGUGCGUUGCCUUGGGUUAUCCCAGCUUUGGAUUCUCAUACACCAAUAUUUGCUUCAUCUUUUACAAUGGAGCUUAUCAAGAAGCGCUUGAAGGAGUUUGGGAUUUUUGUUCUAUCCAGGCUUAGGUUAUUUACGAUCAGAAAGAAGUUCCUUGCUGGGCCAUUUGAAGUGGAGCCGAUCCGUGUAACUCAUUCAAUUCCUGAUUGCUGUGGCUUGGUUCUCCGUUGCAGUGAUGGUACCAUUCUACAUACUGGUGAUUGGAAGAUUGAUGAGUCACCAUUGGAUGGUAAAAUUUUUGAUCGUGAAACAUUGGAGGAUCUCUCUAAAGAAGGGGUGACUUUAAUGAUGAGUGACUCGACCAAUGUUCUAUCACCUGGAAGAUCUGUUAGUGAAGCUGUUGUAGCAGAUGCUUUACUACGACAUAUUUCAGCUGCAAAAGGAAGAGUUAUUGCUACACAAUUUGCUUCUAACAUACAUCGUCUUGGAAGCGUGAAAGCUGCUGCUGAUCUAACUGGUCGUAAAUUGGUGUUCGUGGGCAUGUCUCUAAGGACGUAUUUGGAUGCUGCUUUCAAGGAUGGAAAGGCACCAAUGGAUCCUUCAACCUUGGUUAAAGUAGAGGAUAUUGAUGGCUAUGCCCCCAAAGAUUUGUUGAUUGUUACGACUGGCUCUCAAGGGGAGCCGAGAUCUGCUUUAAAUCUUGCAUCAUUUGGAAGCAGUCAUUCUCUCAAACUAGGCAAAGAUGAUGUGAUCUUAUAUUCGGCUAAGGUGAUUCCUGGAAAUGAGACUCGGGUAAUGAAGAUGCUAAACCGCAUAUCAGAUCGUGGCCCCACAAUUGUGAUGGGCAAAAAUUCAGGCCUGCAUACAUCUGGCCAUGGCUAUCGUGGAGAAUUGGAGGAAGUUCUUAGGAUUGUGAAACCUCAGCAUUUCCUUCCCAUUCAUGGAGAGCUUUUUUUCCUCAAGGAGCAUGAAUUACUUGGAAGAUCAACUGGCAUACGGCACACCGCUGUAAUAAAGAAUGGAGAGAUGCUUGGAGUUUCACAUCUCAGAAACAGAAGAGUCUUGUCCAAUGGGUUUGCUUCAUUAGGGAAGGAGGAAUUGCAGUUAAUGUAUAGUGAUGGUGAUAAAGCAUUUGGAACAUCAACUGAACUUUGCAUUGAUGAGAGGCUAAGGAUCGCAACGGAUGGAAUUAUAGUUGUCAGCAUGGAGGUUUUACGCCCUCAAAAUGUAAAUGGUUCAUCACAGACGUGUUUGAAAGGAAAAAUUAGGAUAACCACUCGUUGUUUAUGGCUUGAUAAAGGAAAGCUGUUAGAUGCACUCUAUAAAGCUGCACAUGCUGCACUUUCAAGCUGUCCAGUGAGCUGUCCUCUGGCUCACAUGGAACGGAUUGUAUCUGAGGUAUUAAGGAAAAUAGUGAGGAAAUACAGCAGUAGAAGGCCUGAAGUCAUUGCAGUUGCUGUGGAGAACACUGUUGGAGUUCUGUCUGAAGAAUUGAGAAGCAGAUUAUUAGGAAAAUCUCAUGGUGGGUUUGGGCUAUCUGCCCUUGGUCAACGAGCCAACAUCCAUUUGAGGAAGGUUUCAAGCAGCAAAUUUGAAGAAGACACGGACUCUAUGGACGUCACAGAGAACCUAACGGAAGAUGAAUCUGAAGGUGAUGGUGCCGAUCUUGAGCAACCAAGAACCGAAGAUGCAAUUACAAACAACCUAGGAGAGUCAUCUUCACAUGCCUCUACAAAAUUAGAAGAUCUUUUGAAGUCACUUAAGGGCUCUUCAGCUGUCCAAGUCCCAAAAGUAGCAAAUAGCUUUGUUUUAGAAGAGAAUCUAAAAUUGAGUAAAGAUGGAAAAGUGGGCAACAGGGAGAACAUAAAACCAUCAGAUCCUGAGCCAGUGACAACUAAACCUGCAAAGAGGAACAAAUGGAAGCCUGAAGAGAUGAAACAAUUAAUAAAAAUGCGUGGCGAAUUGGAUAAUAGAUUCCGGACUGUCAAAGCAAGAAUGAUACUCUGGGAAGAGAUAUCUGUCAGCCUGUUGAAGCAUGGAGUAAAUCGUACUCCAGCACAGUGCAAGUCUCUUUGGGCAUCACUUGUUCAGAAAUAUGAGGUACUCGCACAAUUUCCUUUUUUUACAGGGCUGUAAGAGUAAUGAGAAAAGCAGAAAAUCUUGGCCUUAUUUCACCUCCUUGGACGAGAUUCUGUCUGUUCAUGAAGGGGCAACAAAAUGAACAAGAGUAAACGGACCAUUGAAAGCUUAAGAGUAUUUUGUGGAUAACGUUAUCAGAAGAUCACCAUGGUAGGUCUAUCAGAUGACAUUACACAGCAUGGACAUUUGUGGAGUUAUUUUUUAUCGGGCUUUGAUGAAGCCCUGAUAUAUAUCCUGAAGGUGAUUUAUUUUCUGAAACCGUGAAGAGGAAAGGAAGAAGCUCAGCUACAAUCCUCCAGUUCAAUUGUAUCAGCAGCUUUCAGUGAAUGGUUGUACCAACAUGAUUUUAUUUACCAAAAAUUUGUUCUCUUUGUAAGAUUGUUCCAAGUUGUUCUUGAAUAUCAUGCUGUUAUGUGGAGCCACAUCCACUUGUGUUCCUCUAGUGGUUAUUUGUAAAACUGUGACAGAUGGAAAGUAGUGAUUCUUUAUAUAU